AUUUAGAAGUAGUGGGGAAUGUAUUGAAUCGUCAUGUCAAGGUGUAAACACUGUAAACUGGUGUAAACAUUGCGGCUAAUAAUUGUUAGGUAGAAAAUGUAUCAGUCAGCUGAUUCAAUGAUUCGGUUGUCUAGUUAAAAUCACAAAUGAACGGUUUUAGCACAGGUGAAGAAGAUUCUAGGGGCCCAACAGACCAAAUUUGUUGUUUGAUUGAUAACAGCGAACGUUGUUCUAAGCCAGCUGGAAACGCAUCAUAUAGUAAACGAAUACAAAAAAUUGUGAUCCAGAGAAGGUUGAAUUUGUGUAUAGACAAUAACGCCAGGCACAAUUAUAUUUGUGACUCCCACAAAAUGAUCAUACAGUGUGCACGUUCAAAAAGAAGAAGAAAAGAUUCUGAGGACGAUUCUAAUGAAACAGACACAGAUGUUCCCGAAGUGGAUCUCUACCAAUUACAAGUUAACACAUUGAGAAGAUACAAAAGACAUUAUAAAGUGCCAAUGCGGCAAGGACUUAACAAGGCCCAACUUGCUGAUACUUUAAUGAAGCAUUUUAAAACAAUACCUGUGAAAGAAAAAGAAGUCGUGACGUUUUUCAUCUACACAGUGAAAACAAAUGCAAAUAAACUGGACCAGAAAAAUGGUAUUAAUAAUGACACCAAUUGAGUGUCAAAAAGUGUGCAAUUGGAAUGAAUCUUAAUGCAGGUUGCAUAAUAAUUAUUUUAAAUGCAAUUUGUUUAUGUAUAAUCUAUUUUGGAAUAUUUAACAUGUUUUUUUAAUAAUAUAAAAAAAUUACAAAAUAUGAUAAAUUAUUUUUUCUGUUUCUGUUUUUUCUUUUUCUUUGUUUUCUCAUCUGCAUUUAGGAUUGUAACUGCCUCUUCUUCACUAUCGGUAUUAACAUCAAGCAAAUUAACUAAAAAAAUAAAAUAAUGCAAUUGAAAAUACAAUCAGGCAUCCAACGACCUGUCAAACAAUAGCUGCCAGUGGGAAGAGCUCUUAUAAUUAAGGGAGUUGGGGGACAUAGCUUUCCAUUUUAGACGCUAUUUUUAUUCAAAAUAGUAGUUGCCAAGCGUGCCAAUUUAUGAAAAAUAUAUUAGCGUUUUUUUUUUAAAUAAUCUUAAGUUGUCAAAGCCCAAAGACACCAAAAAAAAUUGAGUUCGACAUAAAAUAUUUAAAUUUAAUCCAUUAUUCAUGAUUUCACAUAUAGAUAGACAUUGUAUGUUGCAACCCCUUAUAUAUACCAACCCUUCCCACCUACAGUUAAUUUGUUUGGAAUGCCUAAUAUUGUUUCGUAAAUUCCCAUGAGGAAGGAGAGAUUAAACCAUGUGGCUCUAUAAAUCUAAAACUUAUUCAUUAUGAACUUACCAACUGGUUUUGGUACUUCUAUCACCACAACCUCAUCAUUAUCAUCAUCAUCGCUAUCACUCACUUCCCAUAUUGCAGUACCAUCUUUCUCUUCAAUUGGAACUAAAGCAACUGUGCCUUCACCUAAAAACCCCAUUUUAUUGUGCAAUAACCACUAACUUACAAAUUUGAUCUAAAAUUUUCAAUAUUCAACUCUUUAAUUUUUAAGCCCAAUAUAUUUACCAAUUUUUGUUAAUUCUACACCGUUAGUGGGUUUAUCAAUUUCAAUUUUUGUAUCGACCAUAUUACUAUGUUCUUUCUCUUUCUUAGUUUUUUUCUUAUGUUUCUUUUCACUUGCAGUCCACGGAUCUAAAAGCGCUUCGAUAUCUCCCGAAACUGAAUCAUUUGUAAUAUCUAAUAUACUAAAGCUUUGUUUCUGUCUUAAGAGUCUAAAACAAAAAUAUAAGGAUAAGACAUUAUUAACACGAAGACAAUAAAUUGUUACCUUUGUUGUGUGUCCUUUUCGAUACAUUCUUUAAUUUGCUGUACUAUAAGCCCCGCUCUAUUUGCAGCUUUUGAAGCUGUACUCAAAAUGAGAUCAGGACUUAGCUCUGCUUUUCCUCCUAAGUGAAGGCCACAUAACUCCUUGUAAGCAUUUAAUCCAAUAGACAUAAAUGCAUCUGCUACUUCUUCUUCCAACAGGGUUGGAUCAGCUAUUAUAAAUUCACUGAAAAAAAAAAAUAUAACCCUAAAAAAAUAUGUUUUGUUUAGAAUAGAAGUUUCUUACCCUCCAUUAAACACUGAAUAUGUUAUACAGACUGGAUAAUGAUGUAUUACCAUUGGAAUGGGAUCCCUUUGCUGAACAUUAUGUAUAAUAAACUCCUCUCCAUCGCUUGUAACAUCUGGUCUUCUAAAAUGGGCUAGUGCUGCUAAAGCAGCAAUAGAAGCACAGUCUAAAAUGUUUCCUUCAUAGUUUAGAACAUUUAUGUCUACCCUGAUAGCCCAUACCUUGUAAUGAAACAAU